GCAGCAGCAACAGCAGCAACAGGGCCGUGGCUUCGAAUCCACGAGGACGUCGUCACAGGGCUCACCUCGAAUGGGCACCGGCAUGAUGAAUGGACAGCUCAGAUCCGGUCACGGGACGUCAGGCACGCAAGACAAGGCGCGGGAGCGAGCCCGGCCGGAAGAAGCCAAGCCACGCGGUGGGCCGCAGCCAUCGCAGCCGGGCCUGGGGGAGACGCUGCAGCGUGUCCCGGGCGGUGUCUCGGGCGCGUUCCCGAGGCAGCAGGUAACGACCGGCAGCGCGUGGGGCGAGACAGACGCUUGUCCGCUGGCCGCGGGGGCGGGGAGCGCGUUCAGCACGCCGCUCGCGAACGGGCAGCAGAGACAGCUCGCGCCGCCACAGGACAAGGCCCCGCCCGCCGAGAGCGCCGCGGUCGCGCCCGUGUUCGCGUCCAUACCCAGAACCGUGCCCCUGACCAGCGUGUCCCAGACUGUGCCACAACAGCCGACCGUGGAAGCCAGGCCGCAGGACGCGUAUCAGGCGCAGAGCGCGUUCACCCCCGUGGCGCCUCAGCAUCACGCGGCGCCUCAGCAGCAGGCUGCGACGCAACACCCGGUCGCGCCUCAGCAUCAAACCGCACCUCAGCAUCACACCGCGCCUCAGCACCAAGCCGCGUCUCAGCAACAAGCAGUGCCUCAGUUUCAGCCCGUACCUCAGCAUCAGACGGCACCUCAGCAACAGAGUACAUCUCAGUAUCAGGCCCUGCCCCAACAUCAAAGUGCGCCCCAGUUCCAAACCGCGCCUCAGCACCAGACUACUCUUCAGCAACAAAAUGGGCCUCAGUACCAGAGCCCGCCUCAACACCAGGGCGCAAUUCAGUACCAAAGUGCAGCCCAGUAUCAGACCGGGCCUCAGCCUCAGCACCAAGCAUCGCCUCAGCAGCAGGCACCCCAGCAGUACCAGGCUGCCCCUCAGCACCAGACGAUGCCCCAACAGCAAGCUCCCCCUUCCGUAGAAGUGAUCGAGCCGCAGGCGGGGGACAGUGCGCAGGAGCGCCUGGGGGCCGACGUCGACCAGAAGCCCAAGAGUAUCGAGCUGGCGCAGAAGCGGACCAAGCCGGAGUCCCAGGAUUGGUCUCCCGUGACAGACCUGUCUCCGAUCCUGGACGUGUCCCCUUCGGUGGAGGCCGCCGAGCAGGAGCUCAUGCGGCGCUUCCAAGAGGACGACCGGCCGCCGCUGGGAAUCCCCAGAGCUACCAGCGGGACCAUCUCGGGCAUGCUGGCGGACUUCAACAAGGCCAUGGGCCUCGCGUCCCCUGGCCAAGAGCCCCCCGGUGAAUCGGCCGACACCCCGGCUACUCCGAAGCGCGUACACCGGCGUCUGCCGCAGCCCACCAUGGAGCAGAUGCAGGCCGCCGUGGCCCUAGCAGCUCAGGGCCCGGGCCAGUCGGCAAGACCUGUGUCGCCCAUGGUUCCGGCGGCGCGCAAGGAGGCCGGUACGACAGCGACGGCAGUGCCGACAGUAGCGAAACCCGUGCCGGCGCCUCGCGCUAUCAGUGCCCCGACAGUUUUGACGGUGGCUGUGAGCGGAACUGUGGUGACCGCCACGGUGGCUCCUCCAGGUGCUACCAUGACGCCUCAGCCGGCGCCCUGCAAAGACGAACUGGGCGUACCCGGCGGGGCGACUCUCUCCUCGUCUCCCGUGCCCUUGACUAGGACUCUGACCCCCGUGACGCCGCAGACCCCCGGUCCCCAGGGCGGCGACUCGUCGGACACGCCGAGCGAAGCCGACAGCUCCGGCGGCAAGGUCCGUAGGAAGCUGCCCCCGCUGCCUCAGGACCAGGAGCCGAGCCCGGUGCCGGCGCGGCGCGCCAAGGACCGCGCGCGGGUCCUCUCCGCGGGCGCCCUGGACCGCUCGCCACGGCCCAAGCCGCAGCCCCCGAGGGCGUCCUCCAUGGACGGCGCGACGGCCAGUCUGCACGGCUCGUCGCUGCUGCUGCCGUCGACCGCCCCAAGGUCCGCGUCGCCCGCGCUGCUCGCGGGCCUCUGCGACCGGCCGAGCUCGGCGUUCCUGUUCGCCGACGCCGGCUCCAAGCUGCCCUCGUACAUGAACUCGCUCAAGCAGCAACUUCGCGAGGAGCUCAAGACGGUGACCGGUGCAGUGCGAGCUCAAGUUACCAAAAACAGCGCCGGAAUUUAG